CACCAAUGUUGUCUUCCGCUGCUUUAAUUCACGUGGAGGAACCGCAGCGUGAGUGUUCGUGUUUCUGGCAGGGACACGAAGAAAGACAGAAAAAUGACGCAGUUAGACGGUGUAGUAAAACCCAAGACAAAGCGCUCCAAGCGCUUCUUGGAGAGCAGAGCGCCCAAGCUGACUGAGGAUGUUAAGACUGCCAUGAUUAUGAAAGGAGGGAACACCAGUCAAACCAUCACACAGGCCCUCAAGGACAUCUAUUCCCUGAAGAAGCCAAAUGCUGUGCUGUACAAGAAGAAGAACAUAGCGCGGCCGUUUGAGGACUCCACAUCACUGGAAUUUUUCUCCAAGAAGACAGACUGCUCUCUGUUUCUGUUUGGCUCUCACAACAAGAAACGUCCCAACAACCUCAUAUUUGGUCGUCUUUUUGACUUCCAUGUGCUGGAUAUGAUUGAACUUGGAGUAGAGAAGUACGUCUCUCUGAGUGACAUCAAGACCAGCAAAUGUCCUGAGGGGACCAAACCAAUGCUGGUGUUUGCAGGGGAGGCUUUUGAUACGGACAAUGAACACAAACGUCUGAAGAGUCUGCUCACAGACUUCUUCAGAGGCCCCACAGUGUCUGCGGUGCGUCUGGCAGGUUUAGAACAUGUUCUGCACUUCACAGCCCUGGAUGGGAAAAUCUACAUGCGCAGCUACAGGUGUCUGUUGAAGAAGUCUGGGUGCCGCACGCCACGGAUAGAGCUUGAAGAGAUCGGGCCGUCAUUUGACUUGGUCCUAAGAAGAACACAUCUGGCUUCAGAUGACUUGUACAAGUUAGCUCACAGACAGCCCAAAGCUCUGAAGCCCAAGAAGAAGAAGAACAUCUCCCAUGAUGUCUUUGGCACCAAGUUCGGCCGCGUGCACAUGCAGAAGCAGGAUCUGUCCAAGCUGCAAACACGUAAGAUGAAGGGCCUGAGGAAGAGGAAGGGAGAGGUGGUCGCUGAAGACCAGGAUGGACAGGCACCCAAAGUGGCUAAAGUGGAGAGCUGAGGUCACUCUCACCAGCUGUACAUACAGAAGAAUGUCCUGUACCUGUCAGUGUCCAUCACUGUGGUGCAGUCACUUUAUUUCAAAGACUGAGCACGUGCUCAUCAUUGCCACAUUUUACUGCGAGGGCAAAGAGGACACAGAUCUGUUAUUCCUGCCUCUUUAUUCUUGUCCACUUUUUAAUGUGACUUCCGAAAAGUCUUGAGCAUCAUGAGUGUGUUCCCUCAGUUCUCUGGUAAAAAGCAUACAAGCAUCUGAAACAAAUGUCACCUGUCGGCAGUUUGAGUGGGGGGAAGUUUGCCUGCAAUUAGCUGAAUUUCUUCUUCAAGUUGAUGUGUGUAAAAAUUGAAUUUCACAAGCAGCACUGACUUUAAAGGAAAUAAAACUGUCUCUGAUCUA